AUGAAGGGCCAGCAAAACGGCGCGGGGGAUGGAUCUGUCGGAAACCAACCGCCCGCGGGGUAUCUUCAAAGAUUGUGGGCGUGGCUGCGACGGCCGCAAGCGAGAGGAAAAACUAAUCACCACAUAAGGAGGUCGAGACGCCUGAGCCACUUUGCGACCUUGAAGACGAUGCCCGAGCUAGCUGAUGUUCCUUCCAAGUGUAUAUCCUCCCCAGCGUAUCGUUCUGGUUCUGCCUGGGAGAUGGAGUACGCGGGGAAAGACAUGAUGACGCUCCUUGGGGACGCCAUGAAGUCAUCGUGCUCACCGAGUGAUUUGAGAAACGCCGCGUUGGUGUGCAAGGAGUGGCGCUCAAUGCUGGGAUACGCCCCCGCGGUGGCGUCGAUCCUCAGAGGAGGUGACGCUUUUGCAAUCGCGAAAAUGUUGGCUGCGAAAGACAUCGAAUCUGUAGUCCAGCACCACAUCUCCGACUUUGUCCGGGUUUUGGCGAGAACCGCAGAGACUGAAGAAGACGACACGUUUCUUGCGACAUCCGUUGCAGAUCUUGGCAACAUCUGGAUGUUUGCCUUCAAGCUAUCGUGGAAUAGCCACGCGGAACAAAUGAUAGAAGCGUGGCUCAAGGUUUUCGUCACACGUGUGCGUGAGAUGCAUCUGAUGUGUUCCGAUGGAGAUCCUAUAAAUGCUGCGAUUACCUGCAUCGGUCCUGUCGAUCGAAACGACGCAGACGUAGACGCGAGGCUCGUUCUACACAUGGAUUUGAGGCAGACCGUGAGGCGUAUCGGUGAAGCGUUGGUGCCUCGCCUCGGUGACAUUAUCGACCGAGCCUCGAGACGGCUGAACAACAUCAUGCAGUCUUUGAACAACCUAUGGCUUCAUCGAUUUCAUGACUUCAUCGGGUCACCGUCCCAUGUCGAUCCUUCAGAGUCCUUCGCAACCCGCGAAGCUGUCGAAGUGGACAUAGACAAUCUGGUGGCGUACUCUUUGGUUAUCCGUGCCGUCUUCCUGGAAUUUCCGCGGGAGGCGAGCGUCCAUUUGCGCAGUCUGCUACCCUUGCUCUCUAUCGAGUUUGAUGAGGUGCAAGGCUAUCUUCUUUUUGAGUUUGGCGUACAAAACGCGUUCAUAGGUAUUCGAGAAAAAUACCUUUCGCCGGGGGGGAGGUACGCAACUUACGUUAAAACCAUGCAAGAAAACUUCAGCGUCGUUAUCAACAUCACGGAUGCCCUCCUGGCCAUGCAAAAAGUUGUGAAAAAUGGGUGGGAGCCUGAUGGCCUGCAUGAUGCUUUGCUUCAAGCGUUACUGGGCAGCUCAGGAGAUAAAAAACUCGAACUUGUGCGCGCAUUUCCAACCGUCGCGGCAAGAAAUCUCUCCUGGUUGUAUGAAGCAAUUACACUCCCUGAUGACUAUGUUCAUGACGAAGAAGCAGGACGUGACGCUGACGUAUGGGACCAUAUUGAAGCUGGUGUGAAUCUCGUGUGUUGUCUGCUUGACACCGAAGUGCAAUUCGAUGGCAACCUGAUCAUGGACAGACUGGUCCGUCUCGUCCCAUUUGACCGAGGCCCUGAACUGCUCUGGGCGAUAAAUGAGCUUGUGCGCAGAGAGCUCACAGACCUGAGGCCUGAUGCACAUGUGAUCGCCGAUGUACUUGACCGCCCUAAUUACAUGAAAACUCGUGACCAGGCGAUAACUGCGUUCGGCUUGCUCGGCGACGAGGCUGAACCCCAUUUGGAUCGCUUCAUGGAGCAGAUGAAAGAAGUCUUAGUUCAGGAAACAGGAGACAGGUUUGUUCAGACUUUGUAUGAACACCGGUAUCGCCUAAAGCAAAAUCAUCUGCGAGACAUCAUCCUUUGCUUAAACGAGAGCGAUUGGAUUCCAGAGAUUGUCACGGCGCUCGAAACGGUGCGGGUUCUGUGCAAGACAGAGGAGGAUGCCACUCAGAUAAUGUACACCAUGUUCUAUGAGAUGCUCGAUUUGACGUCGGAGAUUGACGAUGACGGUCAAUCUUACUUCCCGUGCAAUGGCGGCAACUACCUCUUUGAGGCAAUUCAGUACGUAGCCUUGCGUGUUGACGAACCGACUCGACGUGAAAUACUUCAGUAUUUGCGCGCAAAUUCCAAAGGUCCGAGUUCUCAGAACCCAUAUCGUUGGCUCAGCAUGUUGCAUAUUCGUGCGAUGAUCGAAAAGGAUGUGUCACCGGCAUUGGCGUUGGAUCACAUGUUGGAGAUGUACGACAACAACGAUGGCGACCGGCGCCGUCGCGAUGACAUCGUUGAUUACAAGGUUGAACAGUUGGAGAUAUUCAAUGAAGGCCGUCGGAAGCUAAGAAGUGAAUAUUGUGAUCGGCUCGCUGAACUGCGCUUGCAAGCUGAGGACGCUUUCGACUUCUUAUCCUCUUCCGAUGAAGAGGACGCCGACGACGACAGGGACUCUACAGGAUCAGAGGACAUUGAAUUUUGA